AUGGUCUCCCUACCAGCUGAAGUGAUCCAGCUUAUUGUUGCUCUUAUAAGAGAUGCACCACCACCAAAGAAACCACGCAGUCCAUUUGAGAACCGUGCAAAGCCCGCAAAACUCGCCCAGUACGCGAUCGUUUCGCGGCAAUGGCAAGCAAUCGUGGAGCGCAUGAUUUGGCAACAAAUCACCAUCAACAAGAAAGGCUCACUUGAACAGCUAAAGGAGUUCACAUCCGGUGACUCUUACCGACGCGCGAAAGCGGGUUAUAUUCGACACAUUCUCUGGUCGCCUGAGAUCAAUAGGCGGGAUCUGUAUGCAAAGACUCAGGGGGAUGAUGACGUCCGUGUACAGCUUCUUCCAGAUUGGUGUCUUCAACAAUGUCAGAGCUCUAUUCUUGAUCUUUUUGAACUACUAGAUGCAUGGAAAGAUUACCAGACCAAUAUGGAAUUGUCGCUUUGGCUGAGUGGUGACGAUUAUCUCGAUGUUGGUGACGAUGAAGAGAUCGAGCAGGAGGAAUGGGAGUCUCUGAAUAUCGACCAGCUGUGGGCAAAGGGUAAAGUCCCCAAUUUUCUGCAUCUGACUGCAGAUGAUAUUCAGAAUAUGCCCACUUUGCCGUAUAUUAGAUGCUUUAGAUUACACGAAGUUAGAGACAGCAAUGUUCGACCAUCAGCUUUCUUUCGCUUUCUCAGUCGCUUUCCCCAUGUUCAACAUGUUUCUAGCGGAGAGGGUCGAUUUGUCCCACGAGGAGCUCUACAGGCUUUGGCUGAUCAGCGACAAGAGGUUGUCGACCAUCUAUCACUGCUUCCUGAAUCAGUAGAAACAUUCACAUAUUCAAUCUCAGCGCAACGUGAAUUAUCAAUUAAUCCCGCUCGCAAUGCAGCCAAUUAUCUUUCUUCACAAGGACUAGACGACUUUUCUAUUGCUUUUCGAACUCUCAGCACGCGACUCCGGGAACUGCAUCUCAAGGACGUCCGAAUCAGCAGUGCAUUAUUCUGGCCAGUAGCUGAAGAGAAGGUCGACACGAAGUAUCUAUAUUGGCCAAACCUGGAGGUCCUUAAGGUUCUAGAGGCCCCUCCGUAUACAGCUGAUGGGAAAUGGAUCCUCGACAACGACCCCGAAAAAGACUGGGAAGGAGAUCUGGAAGAAGAUUCUUUUGAGCCAUGGCAAUACGAUAGUGAAUACUAUGCUCAACGAGGACUCAUCAAGAGCUAUGAAGUCGACCAGCUCUAUGAGUCAAUGGGCCUCGCUGUGCAGAGAAUGCCACGCUUGCGGAAAUUGAGAUUCUCAUUCCGAGGAGAAAUUGGAGAGAGGGGAAGUCAUGAAUACUUGGAGUUCGAGAGAGAUUUGACGACAGGCAAGAGUACAUUGAAGAUCAGCACUGAGUGGGAGUAUAAGAUGGGGGAGAAAGUUAUAUCUGCUUGGGGAUUGAAGGAUGAGGAGGCGAAUGAGUUUUUGGAGACUUGGUCUGUUUCGCUCGACCAAUGGCCUUAA